AUGGAUGCGCUGACAUGUUCGUUCUCUACAGUCGGCCAGGCCGGUUGCCAGAUCGCCAACUCCUGCUGGGAGCUGUACUGUCUGGAGCACGGUAUCCAGCCCGAUGGAUUCCUCACUGAGGAGCGCAAGAAGGCCGACCCCGAUCACGGAUUUAGCACCUUCUUCUCUGAGACUGGUAUGAAAACCCCGUUUUUUUUUCCCUUCAAUGUCCCCCCCGCUUUGAUGUGCAAAAUUCCAAAUCAAAGCUUCCUAACAUUCUUUCUCCCCCACUUGACAGGCCAGGGCAAGUACGUUCCCCGUACCAUCUACGCCGAUCUCGAGCCCAAUGUUGUCGAUGAGGUCCGUACCGGUACCUACCGCUCGCUCUUCCACCCCGAACAGAUGAUCACCGGCAAGGAGGAUGCUUCCAACAACUACGCCCGUGGUCACUACACCGUGGGUAAGGAGAUGAUCGAUGAAGUUCUUGACCGCGUUCGUCGUGUUGCCGAUGCCUGUGCUGGUCUCCAAGGUUUCUUGGUCUUCCACUCCUUCGGUGGUGGUACCGGUUCCGGUUUCGGUGCUCUCUUGAUGGAGCGUCUGUCCGUCGACUACGGCAAGAAGUCCAAGCUGGAGUUCUGCGUCUACCCCGCUCCUCAGAACGCUACCGCCGUUGUUGAGCCCUACAACUCCAUCCUCACCACUCACACCACCCUGGAGCACUCCGACUGCUCCUUCAUGGUCGACAACGAGGCCAUUUAUGACAUUUGCCGCCGCAACCUCGGAAUUGUGCGCCCCAGCUACGAGAACCUGAACCGCCUGAUCGCCCAGGUCGUUUCCUCCAUCACUGCUUCCCUGCGUUUCGACGGUUCCCUCAACGUCGAUCUGAACGAGUUCCAGACCAACUUGGUGCCUUACCCCCGCAUCCACUUCCCCCUGGUCGCUUACUCUCCCAUCAUCUCCUCUGACAAGGCCGCCCAUGAGGCUCACUCUGUCACCGAGAUUACCUCCAACUGCUUCGAGCCUCACAACCAGAUGGUCAAGUGUGACCCCCGCAACGGCAAGUACAUGGCCACCUGUCUUCUCUACCGUGGUGAUGUUGUCCCCAAGGAGGCCCACGGUGCCGUGGCCACCCUCAAGACCAAGCGCACCAUCCAGUUCGUCGACUGGUGCCCUACUGGCUUCAAGCUCGGUAUCUGCUACCAGCCUCCCCAGCAGGUCCCCAACGGCGAUCUCGCCAACCUCAGCCGUGCUGUCUGCAUGCUGUCCAACACUACCGCCAUCGCCGAGGCCUGGUCCGCUCUCGACCACAAGUUCGAUCUCAUGUACUCCAAGCGUGCCUUCGUUCACUGGUACGUUGGUGAGGGUAUGGAGGAGGGUGAGUUCUCUGAGGCUCGUGAGGAUCUCGCUGCUCUGGAGCGUGAUUACGAGGAGGUCGCCUCUGACUCCAUCGAGGGUGAUGAGGAGCUGGAGCCUGAGUACUAG